CUUUCUUCCGAUUUCCGCGCGCCUUUUUCCGGCGCCGGCCCGCGGCCAGAGGGGAUGCUCCCGAAGCAGCGACGGGCGCGGGUCCGGUCCCCCGACGGCCCUGCCUCCUCCUCCCCGCCGCGCUUCCCGGGCGUCGCCAUCUACUUGGCGGAGCCGCGCAUGGGCCGCAGCCGCCGGGCCUUCCUCACGCGCCUGGCGGUCUCCAAGGGCUUCAGGGUCCUGGACGCCUACAGCUCUGAGGUGACGCAUGUGGUGAUGGAACAGACCUCAGCGGAGGAGGCCAGCUGCUGGCACGGGGGCAGGGCAGCGGCGGCCUCGCCCCGAGGAGGCACCCGCCCAGCGCUGCUGGACAUAAGCUGGUUCACAGAAAGCAUGGCAGCUGGGCAGCCCCUGCCCGUGGAGCAGCGGCACCGCCUGGAGGUGGCUAUGCCCAGGAAGGAGCUGCCCAGCCCAGUGAGGAUGCCGCCCUAUGCCUGCCAGCGCCCCACGCCGCUCACACACCACAACACUGGCCUCUCGGAGGCUCUAGAGGUGCUGGCGGAGGCCGCAGGCUUUGAGGGCAGCGAGGGCCGCUUCCUCUCCUUCCGUAGAGCAGCCGCGGUGCUCAAGGCCCUUCCGAGCCGGGUCUCGGCCCUGAGCCAGCUGCAGGGGCUGCCCCACUUUGGAGAACACUCCUGCAGGGUCGUCCAGGAGCUGCUGGAACUUGGGGUGUGUGAGGAGGUGGAGAGGGUCCGGCUGUCAGAGCGAUACCACACCAUGAAGCUUUUCACUGGGAUCUUCGGGGUUGGGGUCAAGACUGCUGACCGGUGGUACCAGGACGGGCUGCGGACCCUGGACAGCCUCCACAAGCAGCCCCAGAGGCUGACCCAGCAGCAGAGAGCAGGACUCCAGCACUACCACGACCUGAGCACCCCGGUCCAGCGGCCGGAGGCGGAGGCCCUGCAGCAGGUGGUGGAGGCCGCUGUGGCGUGCGUCCUGCCCGGGGCCACCGUGACGCUGGUGGGCGGCUUCCGGAGGGGGAAGUUGCAGGGCCACGACGUGGACUUGCUGGUCAGCCACCCCCAGGAGGGCCGGGAGGCCGGGCUGCUGCCCAGCGUGAUAGGCUGCCUGGAGAAGCAGGGGCUUGUCCUGUACCACCAACACCACCGCGGCCGCCCUGAGGACGCCGCCCACCCGACCCGGGGGAGCCACACCAUGGAUGCCUUCGAGAUUACUUUCUGCAUUUUCUGCCUCCCACAACCCCCAGGGGCCGCGGUGGGGGGCGCCCAGAGGAGGGCCGUGCGGGUGGACCUGGUGGCUGUCCCCAUCAGCCAGCUCCCCUUCGCCCUGCUAGGCUGGACUGGCUCUAAGCAUUUCCAGCGGGAGCUGCGCCGCUUCAGCCGGAAGGAGAGAGGGCUGUGGCUGAAUAGCCAUGGGCUGUUUGACCCGGAGCAGAAGAUGCUUUUCCACGUGGCCUCCGAGGAAGACAUAUUCAGGCACCUGGGCCUUGAGUACCUUCCCCCAGAGCAGAGAAAUGCCUGAGCCUGCCUGCCGGCCCCACCCACUCUGGCGAGCCAGCCCUGUGGGCUCCAGGGAGAGGAUGCACUGUGGCCCCAGGUCCUUGCCCCUCCCGACCCCCGACCCAGAGCCCUACCCACCCUCCAGUCCAGGAUCUAAUGAAAUGACACCGUGCACCAAACCAAGCUCUGUGUUCUGAAUGCGCUACUGUGAUGGGGAGUGCGGGGCACCUGGCCCCCAUCAGCUAUGGGGUGAUGGUUGGGGGCACCGUGGCGGGGUGCCACUGGGCCAGUGUGGAUGUGAACAG